AUGGCAAGUAUUAUUGUGGCCAACCCUACAACAUCCAGCAAGAAGGCAAGCACAGAGACCAUUCACACUGCAGCCAACUUCUGGGGCUCUACUUACAUAGCAGCCCAGAACACAGUGACCAUCCGCUCUUCAGAUUUCACAAUGCCCAUAUACACAGACAACCAUGUAGGCCCUAUCCACACAACCCAUCUCAGAGUUCCUGUCCACAUUGCUGACAUCAUGGUGCCCAUUCAUGGAGCAGAUGUCACUGUGCCCAUCCAUACAGAGGAUAUCACCGUGCCUGUCCACACAGCAGACAUCACUGUGCCCAUCCACAGAACCAAUUGUGUGGGCUCUCUGUACUUUUCAGAAAUCACAGAGUCCAUACAAAUGCCCAAUCUCCCAGUUCCUGUCCACACAUCCAAUUUCUCAAGCCCUCUGCACACAGAAGAUAUCAUAGAGACUAUCAAAGACCUUACGGAGCCUGGCCACUCCCACUUCACAGGCCCUGUCCACACCUCAGACCUCACAGUGCCUGUGCACAUAGCAGAUAUGACCGCCCCUAUUGUCAUGGCAGAUGUUAUGGUGCCCAUCUGCACAGCAGACAUUACACUGCCAGUCCAUAGGGCAGACAUCACAAUGCCCAGCGAUACAUCAAUUCACCCCAAUUUCCAGAAGCUGAUGGGCAAUCUUCUGAAUGAAUCCUUCAGCAUGCUGAAACCUGUUGGUUCAGUCCAUUGUAAGUUGCUGAUUCAGAACUACCACUCACCCGUUUCAUGUGAUGGCACCAUUUAAUAUGCAGUGGAGAAACAGGCUACCAAGACGAAGCUAAGAGACCAGGCCAACAUGAACCAUGGAAAAGCUUUUCUUCUAUAUCCUAUGAAGCAUCUGGAGGUAACUGAGGAAAACAUGGAGACCAGUCCCAUUAAAUCUUCCACUUGGAUACCCUAGGACCCAGUCCUUAAGCUGGUCAGGUGAAAAGAUUGUCAACCUGAAGGGGCAGCACUCAUUCCUUAUGCUUGAAAGAAAUCACUUGAAAUGAAUGUCUUGAAAACAAUUUGUAAGACCAAAAGAUAAGAGAACAUAAUAAAAACUAAAACAAGAAA